AUGGCUGACGGAUUGCUGGCUGGUGGUGGGCUGGGGUCGGAAGCGAUGGCGCCGGAGCCCGAGCUUCCUGGCUGGGCGGCCGUGGAAGAGCUGGAGCACCUGGAGAAAGGUUUGUUUGAAAAUGAAGAUUCAUGCAGUGAUUGUAGUGAUCAUGUUAAACCAGGUAGUAGUUUACAAAGUUUUGUGCCAGAAGGAAAAACUCACUUCCCAGAAAUGUUCCAGACAAGUCAACUUUUGUUCUAUGAGCGAUUCAGAGCUUAUCAAGAUUACAUUUUAGCUGACUGCAAGGCCUCUGAGGUAAAAGAAUUCACUGCUGAGUUCUUAGAGAAGGUCCUUGAACCAUCUGGAUGGCGGGCAGUCUGGCACACUAAUGUGUUUGAGGUGCUAGUUGAGGUCACAGACGUAGACUUUGCAGCUUUGAAGGCAGUGGUGAGGCUUGCUGAUCCGUACCUCUGUGAAUCGCACGUGAGCACUUUUACUUUGGAGUGUAUGAAAGAGCUCCUUGAUCUGAAGGAAUACCGGUUGCCCCUGCAGGAGCUGUGGGUGGUGUUUGAUGAUUCUGGAUUAUUUGACCAGACAGCACUUGCGAUUGAGCAUGUCAGGUUUUUCUAUCAGAACAUUUGGAGGAGUUGGGAUGAAGAAGAGGAGGAUGAGUAUGAUUAUUUUAUCAGAUGUGUUGAACCUCGAUUGAGAUUGCAUUAUGACAUUCUUGAAGACCGAGUUCCUUCAGGACUUAUUGUUGACUACCAAAAUCUGUUGACUCAAUGUGAGGAGAGUUACAGGAAAUUUUUAAAUCUGAGAAGCAGUUUGUCAAAUUGUAACUCUGAUUCUGAGCAGGAAAACAUCUCUAUGGUGGAAGGGUUAAAGUUGUAUUCAGAGAUCGAACAGCUGAAACAAAAACUAAAACUCAUUGAGAAUCCUUUGUUGAGAUAUGUAUUUGGUUAUCAGAAGAAUUCUAAUAUACAAGCAAAAGGCAUCCGUCCAAAUGGCCAGAAGGUCACCCAUGUGGUCUCCUCCAUCAUGAUGACUGGUCUGCUGCAGUCCCUGCUCAGGGAUAGGCUUUGCCCAGAGCCUUGUAAGGAAGAAAUAGAAAUUCAGUUCCAUAGUGAUCCGUUGUCUGCUAUAAAUGCCUGCUAUGAGGGUGACACUGUUAUUGUUUGUCCUGGCCAUUAUGUGGUACAUGGUGCAUUCUCCAUUGCUGACUCCAUUGAGUUGGAAGGAUAUGGUCUACCAGAUGAUAUUAUAAUAGAAAAGAGGGGCAAAGGAGACACUUUUGUGGACUGUACGGGUGCGGAUAUUAAAAUCUCAAGCAUAAAAUUUGUUCAGCAUGAUGCCGUAGAAGGAAUCUUGAUCAUUCACCGUGGCAAGACUACAUUGGAAAACUGUGUACUGCAGUGUGAAACUACAGGAGUCACAGUACGAACAUCAGCAGAAUUUUUAAUGAAGAACUCAGAUUUAUAUGGUGCCAAGGGUGCUGGUAUAGAAAUAUAUCCCGGGAGUAAAUGCACUCUGAGUGAUAACGGGAUCCAUCACUGCAAGGAAGGGAUCCUCAUUAAGGACUUCUUAGAUGAACAUUAUGACAUUCCCAAAAUAUCCAUGGUGAAUAAUGUCAUACAUAAUAAUGAAGGUUAUGGUGUUGUCUUGGUGAAACCUACAAUUUUCUCUGAUCUGCAAGAAGAUGCCCAAGAUGAAACUGAAGAAAAUAAAGCACUUAAAGUUCAGACAAGUGGAGAGGCAGAUGAAGCUCAAAGAGUGGAUCUGGAAGAGCUGAUUCAGUGUGCAGCUGGUAAAAUGGAGCUUUAUUCGAGGGCUGACCUUUCUGAGCAAGCUGAAGGCAAUUGUGAAAUUGUAAAUGAACUAGUUGCUGCCUCCACACAAAAAGGCCAGAUGAAGAAGAAAAGGUUGAGUGAACUGGGGAUCACACAAGCUGAUGACAACUUAAUGUCACAGGAGAUGUUUGUUUCAAUUGUGGGGAACCAGUUCAAGUGGAAUGGGAAAGGGAGUUUUGGCACAUUUCUUUUUUGA